CUUCUCCAGCCGCAACGCCUUAAAAACACCUGUAUCCCACCACAAUGGCCUCCAUCCUCCGUCUCAGUGCCCAGAAGGCUCCCGUGGCUUUUGCCCGAUCUUUCUCCGUCUCUGCCGUCAAGAUGGACUUGGUCCAAGACCUCUACGUCAACCAGUUGAAGUCCUACAAGCCCGCUGCCAAGGCCGCUGACGCCCACGUCGGCUCUGUCCGCAGUUUUGCUGCCCCCAAGGCUCCUUCCGCUCCCUCUCUUCCCACCGACCUCGCCUCCGAGCUCUCCAAGUUCGACGCUGAGGAGCCCACUAUUGGCGGUUCUGCCCCCAAGACUUCUGCUUCUUCCGAGGGCGGUGAGAGCGUUGAGGAGUACCUUACUUUCCUCGAGAAGGACCUCCCCAAGGCCGACGCUCACCAUUAGAAUGGGACCGUAAUGGAUGGAAGGAAGACAAAACGUAGUUAGGGGAAUGCAAACAAACACAGCUAUUGAAUAUGG